GUAUUUGUUUUCAUGUGCUGCCUGAUGCCACCCUGCAGCAGCAACAGCAGCUCGACUUAGCUUAGUAGUUUACACCAAAAAUGUCUCUGAAGACAGUUGGCACAGCUUUAACGCGCACAAUAUGGAUCAGAGGAAACAGGACCCCUCCGGUAGCCAGGUCUCCUAAAGCUAACAGACUGUCCACCACAUGCAGCGUGUCUGGAAAAGGAAAACAGGGCCACGACAAAACAAAAGAACAAAGUUGCGUUGCGGAUUCAGACAGGCCGAGUGGGGCCGUCCCUUCACGCACAGACUCCCCCCACAGAGGCGCGUCCGGCGGCUGCAAAAACACCGAUGAACCCGUGGGUCCUCCCGGUGUCACUGGUAGGAGAGGACGGUCCUACUUCUCCACCGCUCCUCCCGUGGACCAGAAGUCUUACCUGUGGGCUCGUUACAAUGAAAUGAAACGGCUGGUUAACGACCUGAUACCGCCGGGUGCAUGUAACCUCCUGAACUCUUCUGCCAUCUAUGCCAACAAUGAGGUCAACCUGGCUGAAGUCGACAUCUAUGGCUUUGACUAUGACUACACGCUGGCCCUUUACUCAAACGCACUCAACACAAUGAUCUACAAUGCUGCAAAAGGCUUCCUCAUUGAGCAUUUCAGGUAUCCUGAAGGCAUCCUUAAAUAUGAUUAUAUUCCAAACUUUGCUGUGCGAGGACUUCACUAUGACAUUCAAAAGGGUCUUCUGAUGAAAAUAGAUGCCUUUCAUUACAUUCAGCCCGGGACAGUGUAUCGUGGCCUGAACCCAUUGCCAGAUGAAGAGGUACUUGAGCUUUAUGGAGGGACUUAUCAUGUCCCUCUGGAGCAGGACAGCGGCUUCUAUGGAAAGGGACCAAAGGUGAAGCAGUUCAUGGACAUCUUCUCCAUCCCAGAGAUGACUCUUUUGGCUGUUGCAAAUGACUUUUUCAUCACAAACGACAUCGAAUACGACCCAGUUCACCUCUUCAAGGAUGUCUCGGAAGCAAUUGGCAUGGUUCACCUAAAAGGUUACAUGUAUAAAUGGGUCGUGCAAGAUUUGGAUAAAUACAUUCUAAGAGGAGAGGAGACACAUGCUGUUUUGCAUAAAUUGGUCAGCAGUGGAAAGAAAUUGUUCCUCAUUACCAACAGUCCCUUCAGCUUUGUGGAUAAAGGGAUGACUCACAUGGUUGGAGAAAAAUGGAGAGACUUUUUCGAUGUUGUUAUUGUACAGGCAGACAAGCCUCACUUCUUUACUGACUGUAUCAAGCCAUUUAGACGCUUGGAUACUAAAGGUGAUCUCUGCUGGGAAAAGAUAAAGAGUUUGGACAAGGGGCAAAUAUACAAACAGGGAAACCUCUUUGACUUUCUUAGACUGACAGGCUGGCGAGGCUCAAAGGUUCUUUACUUUGGAGACCAUCUUUAUAGUGACUUGGCUGACUUGAUGUUGCGACAUGGCUGGCGUACAGCAGCCAUUGUGCCUGAGCUGGAGCAUGAAACCAAGAUGGUGAGCACAGGACGCUACGCUCUGAACCUCACCUGGCUGCAGGCUCUAACCGGUCUGAUGGAACGCCUCCAGACUCAUCGUGACCCAGAGUCACAACAAGUUUUUCUGGAAUGGCAGAAGGAGAGAGAAGAACUCAGGAUCAUGACAAAGAACCUGUUCAACCCUCAGUUUGGUAGCAUCUUCAGAACAUGUCACAACCCCACCUACUUCUCCAGACGUCUUUGUCGUUUCUCUGACAUCUACAUGACGUCCCUCAGCUGUCUGUUGAACUAUGACCUCUCCUACACCUUCUACCCCCGACGCACCCCUCUGCAACACGAGGCUCCUCUGUGGAUGGACCAGCUCUGCACAGGCUGCAUGAAAACACCUUUUCUGGAGGAGAUGUCUCACAUAAGAUGAGAGAUUCAUAUACCACCGGGACUAACAGAACAUUGUAUUUUAGACCUGGUGAAUACUUGAAAUAGCCUGAAGAUUUCUUUCAGAUCGCCGGGUUUCUUCUUAGCCAAAAAAUAUACUGCACAAUUUUUUUCACAGGGUAAAGCAAUACUGUCCCUCAGUGAUUCACUUACACUGUGAAUUCACUAGAGGGUGCUGUAAAUUUAGCUACUGUUCAGAGAAGCAUGUACAUUUACUCAAACGUGGUACAAACUGGAAGACACACUUCACCUGCAUUGUUACGAAAAUGUUGAGGAAUACUGGGCUGCUGACGCACAAUUAUAAUAAAGAACUGAAAUGUUACACUAUU